UUCAUCUAUUCAUGAAACCUUAAACAACUUAAACUUUGGAAAUGGAGAUUUGGUCUUGGAUAUGUGAGCUUCUCGAGUUCGGCCAGUGGAGCACCGAUGAGUCCAACUCGCCACUCUUCUUCCCACUCGUUACUAGUUCCGCCUAUAAAUCACCGAGUCGAGUGUCAGACAAGGGUACUGGCGAUGAUUUUCAACCGAUUCAAAUCAAAGCUGAAAGAUCAUUCGACACUGACUCGGGCGCAGCGGCGACCUUUUCGAUACUCCACGGGGAGAACACUCUCUGGGUCUCUGACACAUGUCCCUUAGAUUCGAAACAGCCUUUCCUUCCUCUCAUCCUACAGCUUCUCCAGGAAAUUAUUUCAUGCGCACCCACGGCGCAGGACGGCUGCUGCCCUCGUUCACAGCUCCAGAAGCUGAAACCCGACCCUGUUUUGUGGAUCCUCGAAUCCCACUCAUCCGAAUCCAUCUCAAAUUUUUUCGACGUGGUUUUGUUGAUGCGCUUAUUCUGGCUGUGCGUCUGUAACGCACCGCCAGAAGUCGGCUCCAUGUACUUCCACACUCUUCUGGCUCCGAACCUCGAAUUGUUCUCGUGUAGCCAGGCGCCUGUGCUGCGAAACUUCUUCGUAUCCGUUGGCGUCGACGUGGAAAUGUGUUUUAUGCGCACCUUCGGAUACAUGACAGCGAAGCUGCUGAUUCUGAAGGAGUUAGGCGUAGGGUUACAGAUGGUAAUGCCUCAGCCGUUUCGGAAUCUUGGAUUUUCUUAUGCGGUGGAGUCGCAUGGAUUAUGGAUCAUGAAGUCUUAUGCAGCUGUUUCCGCAAUGAGGCUCACGCGUCGUAACAAACAAAUAGGCCGAUUUUCGGGCUUGCAUCCUCAGGAGGCUGUGCUGAAAUACGCCUUGGCACACCAGCAGCUCGAGGCCGUUAUGCAAUUGGAAUAUUCAGUCAAGUUUAGUGAUGGUUUCAUCCAAGUUGGCGCGCGUGUCGAUAAUCUCCGGUUCCACAUUGCAAAAUUAGGCUUUAAUAAGAACGAAGAUGACGAUUUUAUCAACGAGAUGUAUUUCCCCUCGAAAGUGAAGGUUUGGGUUGGACCGGAAAUGGGAGCAAAUUAUGUGACGAGUUUGAGUCUAGGCCGGUCCACGGAUAAUUCGGAACAAGAAGUGGAAACGCAGAGGGUUCUGAAGGGUAAUUUCGGGAAGCUAAAAGCACCGGAACUAAAGACCACGUCAAGAACUAUGACGAGAUCGAAGAUGAGGAGUUGGAGGUGGGAUCAGAGUGCGGAUGGAAAUGUGGCUAAUUUUGAAUCAACAUUGUGUGAUAACGCGACGGGCGUUGAGGUGGCGUCGUGGGAGCCAUCGAACGGGGGUGGAGAUUAUAAGCUGGGUGAGCAUUUUCGAGAUCGUUACACCGGGGCGAACCGGGCUUUUGGGAAAAACGGGGACUUGAUCUUCAGCGGGAGUGAGUGUGGGGAAAGGGUUGAGUGGAGAUUGAACAGAGAAAUGGAAGGGAGUGUGUUGAAGUGGAGGAUGGGAGGGCAGGUUUGGCUCAGUUACUUGCCUAAUGAAGUGAGUAGUUCGUAUUUCGAAACGAGAUGUGUGGAGUGGUGUGAUGAGGUUGAUUUACCUUUGAUCAUUAGCGAUCAGUAAGCAUUUGUGUAGUAUACAAGUGUGUAUAUACUAAUAAACAAACUGUACUCUGCAGAUCAAUUCAAAUGAUGUAUAAUCUCGUUAUCAUGCAAAAGCUUAAUGAGUUUGUACCAACAUUAAUUGGCUUAUAUACACAGAGGCAUAUAUAUUUAUACAUGGUUAA